AAACACAAGCACUCGUAACUUCUCUGUCUUUUAACACGCUGGUACGAGGAGUUUUCGCAUCAUCUUCUGGCAGCCCAUGAACACUCGAAAUACCACUGUCUAGUCGCCUGCGAGCGAAGAGCUAGUGAGGAUGCGGAGACUGACGGCUUACGUCGCCGGUUCGGUCACUUUGGCCACCGGCGUGAUAACGUAUGCAGCUCUCGAGCGUCCUAACUUCUACUCUGCGGCGGUGUACUUAUCGCAGAGCAACGCCUGCCUAAUGAUACUUUGUAACAUGGCCCUUGUCCUCGCCGGUAGCAUCAUCUACGCGCUGCAGCAAUUACUAUUUGGCCCACUGCGCCCACUUGAAACGGAGCAGCUAUGGGAGCGCGGCUGGUUCGCAAUGAUGGAGUGGGUCUUCGCAAUGUCUACCUUCCGCGACGAGUUCGGCGUCUGGUUUUUGUCCAUGUUUCUUUCCUUGUUUACAGGCAAGGUCUGGGGCUGGAUUGCUGAGGGUAGAGUGGAACAGCUGGAACAGCAGGCGCCGAAUGACACCCGAUUGUUCCACGGGCGACUGGUGGCGAGUCUGGCAGUUUACGUCUUAUUUGCCGUACAGAUGUUCAAGUAUGCGGUGGACAUUGUGCUGGUGGAAGCGAGACCAGGAAUGACGAUCAUGUUUGUCUUCGAGUUUGCAAUUCUAUGCAUUUCCGCGUGGACGACGUGCUUGCGAUACGUGAUCUGGGUACAGGAGCAGCGCACCAUUAGGGCGCAGAUCAACAUGGCAGUCGAAGCGAGGAAAGCGGAGAUCAGAAAACAGAGGAAAGAGGCAGAAGAAAAGCUGCAAGCAAACCCAGAGGCCGAAGACGCGCCUAACCUGGACGAUCUACCCAAAGAGGAUGAUGUCGAUGAGAAUGAGAUUGAAGCUCCGGGUUGGGAAUCCAAAAGAGGAUGGGUGUUUGCUCUCGAUAUCAUCUCUGACCUCCUUAAGCUCGUUGCGUACAUGGCAUUUUUCACCAUUCUCACUGUCUUCUACGGUAUCCCCAUCUAUAUUAUCCGCGACCUUUACAUGACCAUGCGCUCCUUUACCAAACGUGUAACAGACUACCUGCGCUUCCAAGCUGCGACCCGCGACAUGGACACAAGGUAUCCAAAUGCAACAGCACAGGACCUUGCCGCAGACAGUACUUGCAUUGUGUGUAGAGAGGAGAUGCGACCCGCAGAUACUGCGGCCCCAGAAGGUGCUUUUGGCCAUGCCAUGCAUCAGAAGCAGAAGCCGAAGAAGCUGCCCUGUGGCCACAUAUUACAUUUUGGAUGUUUGUCGAGUUGGCUCGAAAGGCAACAGGCCUGUCCCAUUUGCAGAAGGAGUGUGUUUACCCCAGGGCAGGCUCCGGCGAACGCCGCCGGCGUUGGACCGCCCGGACAGGCACCCGCUGGUUUAGCUGCGGCAGCUCCUAAUGGGCACGGUCAAAUCCCUCAAAAUCGAGUCCAACAGCGGAAUGAUGGCCGAGUGUUCCGGCUUGGACCUUUGCGCAUCCAAUUCGGCGGCCAAAUUGCGCGACCUAAUGAUCAAGAAAUUCUCAAUGCCUUGGGCAGACUGGCAAUCAAUCACCGUCAAAACCUCCAACGAAACCGCGAUAAUCUUGCGAAUUUGGGCAAUCCUACCCCAGUAGCAACGGCUCCUGCUCAACAUCAAGCCGAUGGUGUCGGUGCAACAGAUCCAAUAACAUCGUCGGUAACCGAUCCAGCAAGCAGUGAUAUCCAUCCAGGCAUCAGAUCUGCAGCAGCAAGAAUUGCUCUGAACACCAUUGAAACACAGAUUCAGCGUGAAAUUCUAGCAUUGAAUCUCCAGGGACAAAGAGCUCAGACCAUAAGGAAUCUCUUGAACGAACUCGACCGAUCUAGGGGCAUUCCCCAACCUCCACCGAGGCAGCCACAAAAUCGCCCAGCUGUCACUCCAGGUUCCUUGGUCGCUCCGAUUCUUGGCACCGCCCAAUACUUGAGACCUGAUGUUUUGAAUCAAGCACAGCAGGCCUUUCCUGUCGCUCGUGCUAUGGACAAUAUGGCAACGGUCAAUCCGCCUCAGGGUAUUGUGAUUCCGCAGGGUUGGACUCUUGUACCCCUAAGUUCUAUUUCGGAGUCAAAUCCAGCUGCACAAGCCGGCCCCCAGAUGCUGCAGACAUUGCUACAGCAGAACACCAAUUCAACUUCAUCUAACAGGGCUAGCGUUAACUACCAAUCCUCCUUGCCAAAUCCACUUGUGCACCUUGUGGCGGGAUUCACAGGGAGUGGUUCACUUCCCAAUGCUGUUCCACAUAUCAACGCUCAAAGUCCCUUUCCGGCACCGCCUGACCCGAAUCCAGGGAAUGGCAACAUUAAUGACACCCUGAUCUUGAACGGAAUCUCAAAUGGAGAUCACGCUACGCAGCCAGCAACAAACAUACCGUCUCCUAGUUCAUCAUCCACAGCGCCUCCGCCGACAGCACCAAACGCCACAUGGAGCUUCCCAAACACGAGAUCUUCAUCGACUGAGUCUGCGCCCACGCAGACGAAUGCAGGGGAGGUGGACAAGGGUAAAGCACCUGCUUUGUCUAUUUCUGAUUCGCCUCAAGUUCCAGAGACACACGUGGAGCCACCGACACCCAUCACCAGCCAUUCACACAUGCACGCCACAGUCGAGGAUGCAGAGGGCGAAGACUCGGGUUGAGUUUGGGCGGUUUUAAAAUUUGUACAGUAAUCUCAUCUUAUUCCCGCUUUGAUACAGUCGUGAAAUGUGUGAUGGGAUGCUCAUUAUGCUCUUUGCAUAGCGCGGCGCAGUCUUUUUGAGGGCUCUGUAUUUUAGUACCUUAUGGCGUAGUUAAUCCGGAGGCAAAAUGAUUGCUUGAAAGCUGAAUUAACUAGGAUAUUAACUAUAUGUGAUAAAAGAACUAAAUAUCAGUCGGUCUCGUUUUGUAGCCCCG